AUGAACGGCGCUCAGUUCACAGACCGGGCAAACAAGGCCUUGCUGGAUUCCAGCGCCCUGGCCGAACAAUACGCCCACUCCCAGAUUUUGCCUAUCCACCUGGCAGUCUCCCUCCUCAACCCUUCCGUGGACGAAUCCCAAGAUCAGCAGCAACCGGCUGGCCACUCCUCACACGAUGCCGCCUCGACCCCGCUCUUCCGUCAAGUUGUGGAGCGAGCUCAUGGCGACCCUCAACUGCUCGACCGGUCACUCAUGAAGCUGCUGGUCCGGCUACCCAGCCAGGACCCCCCACCAGAGACCGUCUCCGUUUCGCCACAACUCGCCAAGGUCAUUCGGUCGGCAACGGACUUGUCAAAGACGCAAAAGGACAGCUUCGUGGCCAUUGACCACCUAAUUCAAGCGGUGUCCCAGGACUCGCAGGUUCAGCGUGCCUUGGCAGAUGCCAACAUCCCCAACCUCAAACUGAUCGACUCCGCUAUUCAGCAGAUCAGAGGCACAAAGCGCGUGGACUCCAAGACUGCCGACUCCGAGAGCGAAAAUGAGAACCUGAAGAAAUUCACCAUCGACAUGACGUCCUUGGCUCGCGAGGGCAAGAUCGACCCCGUCAUCGGACGUGAGGAAGAGAUUCGCCGUGUGAUUCGCAUCCUGAGUCGACGGACGAAGAACAACCCCGUUCUCAUCGGUGAGCCCGGUGUGGGUAAGACUACCAUCGUUGAGGGUCUGGCCCGCCGGAUUGUCAACGCCGAUGUCCCGGCCAACUUGACCCAAUGCCGACUGCUCUCUCUUGAUGUCGGUUCUCUGGUCGCCGGCAGCAAGUACCGUGGAGAGUUUGAAGAGCGCAUGAAGGGCGUUCUUAAGGAGAUUGAAGACUCCAAGGACACCAUUGUCCUCUUCGUCGACGAGAUCCACUUGCUCAUGGGCGCGGGAUCUAGCGGCGAGGGCGGCAUGGACGCUGCUAACCUCCUCAAGCCCAUGUUGGCCCGAGGCCAACUGCACUGCAUUGGUGCCACCACCCUCAGCGAAUACCGCAAGUACAUCGAGAAGGAUCAGGCCUUCGAGCGACGUUUCCAGCAGGUCCUGGUCAAGGAGCCUUCCGUCCCGGAGACCAUCUCGAUUCUCCGUGGACUGAAGGAGAAGUACGAGGUUCACCACGGUGUUAACAUUCUUGAUGGCGCCAUCGUGGCUGCCGCAACCUUGGCUGCUCGCUACCUCACUGCACGCCGGCUUCCCGACUCCGCCGUCGACCUGGUUGAUGAAGCGGCUGCAGCAGUUCGUGUCACUCGCGAGUCCGAACCUGAGGCUCUAGAUACCCUCGAGAGAAAGGCUCGACAGCUGCAAAUUGAGAUUCACGCCUUGGAACGUGAACAGGACGAAGCCUCCAAGGCCCGUUUGGAAGCCGCCAAGCAGGAGGCCGCCAACGUUGCCGAGGAGUUGCGCCCUAUGCGCGAGAAGUACGAAAGCGAGAAGCAGCGCAGCAAGGAAGUGCAAGACGCCAAGAUCAAGCUCGACUCUCUCAAGGUUAAGCGUGACGAGGCCGAGCGCUCUGGCGACACGGUAACUGCGGCCGAUCUCGAAUACUACGCCAUCCCCGAGACCAAGGCGCUCAUCGAGCGUCUCGAAGCCGACCGCGCCAAGGCCGAUGCUGAACGUCGUGCCAACUCAGGUGAAGCUGGUGAGGCCUUGCUUGCCGAUGCAGUUGGCCCUGACCAGAUCAACGAGAUCGUUGCCCGAUGGACUGGUAUCCCCGUUACUCGCCUCAAGACCACUGAGAAGGAUAAGCUGCUCAACAUGGAGAAGUACCUGGGCAAGGUCGUUGUUGGACAAAAGGAGGCGGUUACCUCCGUCUCCAACGCUAUCCGACUCCAGCGCUCGGGUCUGAGCAACCCCAACUCGCCUCCCAGCUUCCUCUUCUGUGGUCCUUCCGGCACCGGUAAGACACUCCUCACCAAGGCUCUUGCCGAAUUCCUCUUCGACGACCCGAAGGCCAUGAUCCGCUUCGAUAUGUCAGAGUACCAAGAGCGACACUCCCUCAGCCGAAUGAUUGGUGCUCCUCCCGGAUAUGUUGGCCACGACGCUGGUGGUCAGCUGACCGAAAGUCUGCGCCGCCGCCCCUUCUCUAUCUUGCUUUUCGAUGAGGUCGAGAAGGCUGCCAAGGAAGUCCUGACCGUCCUCCUGCAACUAAUGGACGAUGGUCGCAUCACCGAUGGUCAAGGCCGCAUCGUCGAUGCGAAGAACUGCAUCGUCGUCAUGACCUCUAACCUCGGUGCCGAGUACCUCACCCGCUCCAUUGACCGUGAUGGUCGCAUCGAACCUCAUGUCCGUGAGCAAGUCAUGGGCGCCCUCCGCGACUACUUCCUGCCCGAGUUCCUCAACCGUAUCUCCAGUACGGUCAUCUUCAACCGUCUCACCAAGCGGGAGAUUCGCAAGAUCGUUGAUCUCCGUCUGUCCGAGGUGCAGAAGCGUCUCGAGCACAACGGUCGGAAUGUUCUCAUCCGCUGCACCGAAGAAGUCAAGGACUAUCUCGGUGCUGCUGGAUACUCCCCUGCAUACGGUGCCCGGCCUCUGGGCCGUCUCAUUGAGCGCGAGGUUCUCAACCGCCUGGCCGUGCUCAUCCUGCGUGGCAGUAUUCGGGACGGUGAGGAUGCUCGUGUGGUCAUGACUGACGGCCGCAUCAACGUUCUGCCCAACCACAGCCUCAGUGAGAGCGAGGACGAAGAUUCCGAAAUGGCCGACUCGGACGAUGCACUUGCCGAGAUGGAUGAUGACAGCGGUGACAUGGACCUCUAUGAUGAGUAA